AUGGGCUCUAUUCCGAACUCCCACGACGUCGUAUCAUUUGCUCUGGAUGCUCAGGCUCACUAUGACACUUCUGAGGCGCUCAUUAUUGAUGCUCAUGAGCCAGAUCGUGCCCUCAGUGGUGCCCAGCUGAAACUUCUUGUCCGCACUUUGAUGGCCGGGUUCAGGGCGCAUGGAGUCAAAAAAGGCGAUUGUGUUUUGGUCAACUUGCGAAAUAAUGUUCUGUACACAGCAAUAUUCCUCGCUAUUAUAGGGGCCGGCGGCGUGUACAUCGGCGCCAGUCCGCGUAGCGUCCCAGAUGAGCUAGAGCAUGUCAUAAAGCUAGGCCGUCCUGUGCUCAUUAUCACCGAGCCAGAUGCUCUCCCAACUGUCCUUGCUGUCUCCAAGAAAACCGGUAUCUCACCCAAUCAGCUCUUGUUACUUGACGAUCCGGCCUUUGAGACAACAAUUGCCCUCAAACAGCAGGACCAACAAUGCGCUCCAACUCCAGCUCUAGCUCCAUUGCUUGACAUUCCGACAGCGGCUGAAGCAAGCUCUUUCAUGCUCCUUCUCGCCCACGGCGACACGGAACCCGUUUAUAUCGCAGACCUUGCCACCGCCAACUCCACCCCGGCGGCCAUGUACUCAACCAGUGGCACAACGGGCCUCCCAAAAGCUGCCACCUUCACCCACGGUGCCCUGAUCGCCGGUCAUAUUUCCGCGACGGCCAAUCCUCCACCGUACAAAGUCCGGCGGCUGGUCUGUCUUCCCAUGUAUCACCUCUUUGCAUCCUUCUGGUCGCACUUUUUCUCACUCCGUUAUGGAAACACCCUGUACAUUGCGCGCGAGUUCCAACUCCCCCUCUUUUUAGACGCAAUCCGCCAGCACAGCAUCACCGACACACAUCUUGUCCCUGCCAUGGCGCACAGCGUUAUCCAGGCGCCCGCCUCGCUGGAUCCCAAAUCCGCGCUUACUUCCAUCCGCUACGUUGCUGUUUCGGGGGCACCCAUUGACCGCGCCUGCAUGGGUCAGUUCCAGGACUUGUUGCAUCCCGAUGCCUGUGUUGGCCAGAUCUGGGGUAUGACGGAGACUGGGCCGGUAUUUCAGAACUGGUACCCUGCUAGCGGCGGUAGAGCAGAACAAGGUGAUCUUGGCAGUAUCGGAUCGGUUUUACCAGGGUGGGAGGCUGAUCUUAGGACUCCUAUUGAAGGGUCUGGCGAGAAUGAGGAUGAGGAUCAACGAGCACAGCAGCACCCAGUUGAAGUGGUUGACGCGGCUGCGCCACCGGGUCGGUUGUAUGUGCGUGGUGCAGGCUUGUUCAAUGGGUAUUUGGGAAAUAGUGAGGCCGUGGUGGAUGGCGAGGGGUGGUUCAGCACAGGGGACGUGGCGUAUGUCAACAAACGCGGACAAUACUUCAUUGUUGGGCGAACAAAGGAGCUGAUCAAAGUGCGAGGAGCCUCGGUGUCGCCCGCAGAAAUCGAGGCCGUUCUGCUCAAGCACCCACUCAUUGCAGAUGCCGCGGUCACGGGGAUCAAGCUUCCCGGUGGGAGUGACGAGGCGCCUCGUGCGUAUGUGGUACGUUCCGCAGAGGCAUCAGGGAAGCUCACUGCGAGUGAUGUGUAUGAAUUUGCGCAGCAGCGGCUGGCAUCGUACAAAGCUUUGGAUGGAGGGAUUUACUUCGUGGAGAGUAUUCCCCGUACAGUGAGCGGAAAGGUGCAGAGAAGGAAGUUAGCGGGUAUGAAUGAUCGAAGAGAUGCUCUUACCGAAAUGUUGAAUAGGCUGAAGGCUAAACGAUGA